CAGGUCAGAUAUAUUCAAUCGCCACCGCCAUGACAAUGAAGUUUGUAGCGACGAUGUUAGUCACCGAAGCCGAAGCAUCAGGACAAGCGUUUUCGCAGCCUUUAAACAGUCGAUCGAGAAUAAUGUUCACUAAAGAGGGUCCCGCGAAAGAGGAUGACAGUUACAUGGGUUACUCCGUCGCGACAGGGGAUUUCAUUGGGAAUGGCGAUAGCGGUACAGCGGUCGGAGUUCCGCGUGGUUCCGAUCUCCUGGGCAAGGUGAUACUUUUCACAUCAAACAUGACGAAUCCUCGGAAUCUCACUGGCGAACAAAUGAGCGCUUAUUUCGGUUACGCCGUAGCAUCCGGCGAUAUAGACGGAGAUGGGUUGGACGACCUGAUAGUCGGUGCACCCAUGUACACAGUUCCGGAUAAUCCGGAAAUGACCAUCGAGACCGGAAGAAUCUACGUUAUCUAGCAGGGCGGCGGCGCGGAGAAGUUCCGCAGAUUCGAUAUAAGAGACGGCGAAAGCAACCGCGGACGUUUCGGCUUGUCACUGGCUUCUCUGGGGGACAUCGACCGUGACGGUUACGGUGACUUCGUCGUUGGCGCGCCCUAUGCUGGUCCCAAUGGCCGCGGUGCCGUUUACAUUUAUCACGGCUCACGGACCGGAGUAUUAGAGAAGUAUUCCCAGGUGAUCCAUGCGGAGGAUCUAGAUAAUCCGGUGCAGACCUUUGGAUUUUCGGUGGCCGGUGCGCUCGAUCUCGAUGGCAAUAUUUAUCCAGAUUUGGUGGUCGGUGCAUACGAGUCGGGAGCAGCAAUGUUCUUUAGGUCACGACCGGUGAUCAAGAUGGACUCCUACGUGUCCUUCGACUCUGAAUCCAAGUUGAUCUCUUUGGACAACAGAAAUUGCACGCUUUCUGAUGAUACUAGAGUCACAUGUCUUCCGCUUAGGGCUUGCUUUAAGUAUUCAGGAGAGGGUGUUCUUAUGAGGCACAAUUUCAACAUACAAUACGUACUCGAUGUGAAGAAAACGAAGAAUCCGAGGCUGUUCUUCCUGGAAUUGGAGGGCAGGAACACGAUGAAUCAUACGAUCACGGUCGAACGCGAUCGGCAGUUCUGUCGCACAGUUCAGAUCUACGUGACUCCCAAUAUCCGCGACAAGCUAACAUCGUUGGAUGCCGAAAUGCGUAUGAGUCUGGAAGAAGAACGGAUUGCAGACAAUCGCCGUCGUGAUCCAAGAAUGCCGCUGAGACCAGUCCUUGGCGCGACAAUACAACUCAGCGUGAGAUCUAAUGUCGGUAGAUACUUACUAGGCUCUGGCAAGAGGCUGGAACUCGAAGUUAUGGUGCAGAAUGCGGGCGAGGACGCCUUCGAGGCAACGUACAAUUUGCAGCUACCGGCCGGCAUCGAUUAUAUCAAGAUAGAACGUAUCGAGACCCUAGAGAUUCCCGUUCACUGUUCUGCGCCCAAGCAAUCAAAUAACAAUACUCUUCGCUGUGAUAUCGGAAAUCCACUGCCGCAGAAUAAACUGGUGAAAUUCAAGGUGCUACUUCAGCCUGUGACGUCACACGGGAUGAAACCCAUCUAUGAGUUCGAUAUGCAAGUCAACACUACGAAUCCCAAAAACCACAUCACCGCCCAUGACAACAGUCAGAAUUUAUCUCUGCCGAUCUGGAUAGAGACGGACUUGCGUGUCGACGGCGAAAGCAAACCUAAGGAUCUCUAUUACAAUCCCGAUAAUUACACUGCUGUGAAUAUCACGACGGAGCUCGAAUUUGGGCCAGCGGUGACACAUAAUUAUACGAUUCGCAAUCAAGGCCCAUCAGAUAUCAUCGAGGCCGAAGCAUUCCUUGUGUGGCCCGCGCAGACUUUAUCUGGGAAAGAACUAAUGUACUUGUUGGAACAACCAGUGACUGCGGGACCGAUCGCUUGCGAACCUGCUAAUGCAAAUUAUCUCAGUUUAAAGCUGGAUCAACGCAAAAAAGUGCAUUUAAAUUACCCCGACUAUUCCGGCGUGAUCCUGGAUGAAUCGCAAUCAGGCAGAACGAUCAACGUCCAAAGAGGCUUCGAGGUAGACCGCAACAAAGCGAACCAGAAAGAAGAAACCGAGAUCAAUAGCGGCGAUAGUUCGAAUAUCCAAAAAUCGCGACAUUCUUCCUCUUCAUCUUCUUCCUCUUCUUCGUCGAACGUAGUCACCGAGACUAGGAGGAUCCAACUGAACCCAACGGGAGAGAAACCCGACGUUCUCACUACGACAUAUACACAGAAUUCUUCCGGAACUAGCGCGAUUGGUACCGGUGAUUUGUCUAGCGAUCGUGGAGUUGUUUUCCACACAGAAUCCGGUGGAAGUUCCACAACUUUGGGCGGGGGAUUCCGAGAAUCUGAAAAGGAAUCUUUCAGUUCUCGGAGAUUACCCGAUCUUGAAGAGCCUUACGAGACUCGCAUGAAUCAUUCCGUUAGAGUAGAAAGUCGUUGGGAUGAAAAUGAUAACAUACAAAGCGGACGUACGAUCUCACCUUCGGGAAGAUUUGAUUCGGUUUUAACUGAGAGUGAGAGGCGAUAUCAGGAGCUACUGAAACAGCAGGAGAAAAUUCGCUUGCGUCAGGAAGAGGAAACUCGUCAGAGGAAACUGUAGGAGGAAACACGCCUGAUGCAACGUCAGCGGGAAGAGCAGGAACGUAUCAUUGCUUUGCAACGUCGUCGAGAAGAAGAGGAGCGGCAUCGGCAGGAGGAAGAACGUCGAGAAGAAAAGGAACGACGUCAAUACGAAGACGAACGGCGAGAAGAAGAAGAACGACAAAGACAGGAAGAAGGACGACAGCGAACAGGCAAUACCAAAGUCUACGGAAAAGAUGAUCGAUUUCAUCGUGAUCGAUUUAACGAUGAGUUCUCUACCGAGAGAUCGGACUCCGACCUUCUAGGUCCGAGGCACAGACGCGAAAGUGACAUGAUCGACGUUCAAGAGUUCAAGAAAUUCGAGCGACUGCACAGGUAUCGGCGAGAUCUCGAGACGGACGACUUCUUAUCCAAUGAAGCUGCGUUUCAGAAUGAAGAUUAUUAUGAGAACGAUCCUGAAUCGCAGGAUCAACCAGUACGACCCUGUGACGCAGCAAAAUGCGUGAUGCUGCGAUGUGUGCUGGGUCCAUUAAAGAAAGAUCAAGAGGUCUGGAUCGGCGCGAGGUAUCGCGUGGACGCUAGAACUUUGAAAGAGGUAGCCUUUACGGAGAAGGUGAAAGUGUCGACUAAGCUGGUGGCGCGUGUUACGAAGCAACCGUUCAUCGGUACGCCAGCCGAACAAGUCAUCAGAAGUGACGAAGUUAUCACGAACAUUGAACCUAGCGCACCACCUUCCGCUCCGGACAUCAUUCCAGUGUGGGUGGUAGUUCUGUCGGCCUGCGCAGGAAUGAUAAUCCUCUUGCUGCUCAUCUACUUGCUUCAUAAGUGCGGAUUCUUUAAGAGGAAUAGGCCUUCCGACGCUCCAGAAAGGCAACCGCUAAAUCGAAACGGUCAUUUCCAGCAAGGCGAGGAUCACUGAACAGCCUCCUUUUUCAAUUUCGUUCUAUCGAAGUUUUUGACCUUCUGGCUAUAUCGGAUUGAAUCGCAGACGAGAACCUGGCUACGCGAUCGAAGAGUGCCUUGGUCUUUUGAUAAUCAAAAGAACGCACAUUGCGUGGAUUCGCUUGGCGUAGUCUGCGGACGUGGUCCCGACUUCUACCGAAUAUCUUAAUAGCGUUUAACAGUGCCUUAAUUCACUGUCCAAGAUGAACAUCUGCUGAGGCGCAUGGAUUCUAAGUGACAAUCGAUUCGUCAUUCUUAUACUGCCACUGAAUACUCCUUCCAGCUCCUGCAGCUCGACCACGCAAGUUUCUAGUCAGGAGACGAUUUUCUGUUUUUAUUACCUGUAAUUACUUAAGCCGCCCGUACAGUCGGCAGAUACGAACGAAUAUUUCGACAUUCUUCGGUAAAUCGUAUCUUCAUGUAUAUAAGUAUAUAUAUGUUAUUUUUUUUAACGUUAUCCGGUAAAGCGUCUUGAUAUGUGCCCCGUCGCUUCCGCUGCCUUUUUACGGUAAAAUAGAAUUAUUUUUUUAUCCGCGUCCAAUUGGCACGAUCUCUAAAACGAUCUUGUAUC